GAUUUGUUACAACUCAUGCUACCAGCAUUCAUAUACCAAAUUUUGGAACACAAACCCGUACGCAUAGCGCUGUACGCUGUGGGUAUGUAUAUUUUGUACAUCGUUGUACUUAAGCGGUUGUUGCUAUAUAUGUACCUCUUUUUCAGCGGAAUGGCUGUAAUGGUAGGAGUGAUCCUUUAUCAUAUCUUUGUGUUCAGUCCCCCCAGAAUUCCCCACAAGCGUGCUACCCGCCGGUUCAAGCUUCUAAACAUCGAUUUGUGGCAAGAUGAACAGGUAAAGUUGUCGGUGGACCCAGCAGAAGUGAACAAGCCGAUUGUGGAGGAAGCGUUUCUCAUAUCUGAAACCCUCGAAGACUUCAUAUCCUUGAUUAUACAAGAGUUCAUAGACGGCUGGUACACCCGAAUAACGUCGGACUCAUUGUUCCAGGAUAGCAUUCGCGUGGAGUUGAACCAGGUGUUUGGCCAAUUGAAGAAUCGAAUCGUUGACAUUGACCUUGCCAAAUUGCUAGUAUCUAAGCUUGUUCCCAUAGUAAAUGACCAUCUACUGGACUAUAUACGAGCGGAGGAAAGAGUUCAAGGCAAGAUCAACUCGCACAAACGAAGUGGUGACUCGAUAGAUCACGACAUCGAUGUGGCUCGCCACUAUAGAAGAGGUAAGAUCCAUCCUGCCGUGACCGUCUCCAAAACCGGUGCCAGUAACAUCAAUGAAAAGGAUUACUUGCGGGCCAAAGUUGGGUCUUUCUUGCCAUACGUGCUUUCUGAGCGAGAGAAAAACAACGAUAUCGGCCUCUCCUUGGUCAGAGAAAUCCUUGCGUGCACGGUGUUGGCCAAUGUGUUUCAGAUGCUUGGUGAGGGAGACUUCUACAACUUGUUGAUAGUAAAGCUCAUUGGUGAUAACUUGAAAAGGAGAGACCAAGUCAAGAAGUUGCGGGCAGCUUUGGACGAACACACGCAGCAAAAACAUGACGAUGAAACCACAAAGAUCAACAAAGACUAUAUUCUCCUCCAAUUACCACUGCCAAGCGAUCUGAAACUUAUAAGCCGGUUGCGAGAAGUUCAGCUGUUGGUGGAGACUAAGAUCAAAGAACUUGAGAGAACCUCAGGGUUAGGUCUCUUGAAAGUUUUACAUAAUACCGUCUACCUCGAUGAGUUUUCCAAGUAUCUUGACGAGAAUUCGAGAGGUGUUCUCCUCCAGUUUUGGUUAGCGGUGGAGAGAAUCAAAGCUCCACUAGAACUUACUGAUGAUAAGCUUUCGCUUUCAUUGGGGUUUUCGAAUUCUAAUGAAAUCAGGGAGAUCCACCAGAAGUAUCUUCACCAAAUCGGUGCCUCAAAUGAUGACUUACUGGUCAUAGAAGAGUAUAUUAACUCCCAAGACUUGAUAAACAAGAGCAAGUUGUACCAGGAUGCUAGAGACAGAUUGUUUCGCUUGCAAGAGCUGACUUAUACUAAACUAGAAUAUGAUUUUAAAGACUUCACCACUACAGAUAGGUACAGAGACUUGGUUCAAUCAGUCUCACACAGUGUGAACGACAGCAACGUUGUCAGCCCCACAGUCAUCAAGGCUGUAGAAGAUGCCUUUACACGGAUCAUGAAGAAUAAUACGGAUUUGGAUGCAGCGUAUGAAUCUGAACGGCAGGCUCAGGCCUCUGAAUUGAAAAGGGGUCUUUUCGGUGAAUCCUCCAGUCUAUUUCAAGAUACCCUUAACCACAAUGCACAAAAGUACUCCAAGCUUUUCGACGAUUUGAGUGACGAAUCAGGAACCGACAGUGACUCGCUUAACUUUGAUUCUGACAGUAAUACCAACCUCCAAAGUUCAAUGGAACUUGAUGCAGAUGCCCUUGGAGAUGACCAGCAAUCGUUGUUGUUGGCAGCUCCUGGAGACUUGAAAUUGGCUGAAGAAAUUGAUAAGCUAACAAAUGACAUUCUGGUACUUAAUGAACAAUUGACGAUUCUUGACCCGUUAAUCAAAAAGGCCGAGCUUACCAACAAUAUCAGUGAAAUCAAGAUUUUGAAGAACUCCAAGGCCAGUUUGGAACGAGAGAUAAGCUCAAAGGAGUUGCAAAAACAACAGUAUAUCGUCCAAGAAAACGAUAACAGUUUGUACGGCAAGUCUCGGGUUAAGAUCCUGUCAUAUAUCAGUGGAAAUGAAAAUGGAAAUGAUUUUAUCCUUUACAUUAUUGAACUACAGAGGUUUUCAAAUAGCGAUCCAAACACAAAUACCGCUGGCUGGAUCAUUGCCCGUCGUUUCAGUCAGUUUUUCAAGCUCCAUGAAUACCUUCGCAGCCGAUAUCCUCAAGUCAACAAUUUGAAGUUCCCAAAGCGAACUGUGUUCAAGCUCCAGCAGAAACAGAUUGUUGAACUUCGAAGAGCUGCUCUUGAAGAAUACCUAAAAGAACUCUUGGAGAUUCCUGAGGUCUGUAGUAACCGGGUAUUUCGGUCGUUUUUAUCGUCAGAGAACUUCAAUGUCCGCAAAAACCAAUCUUUCGAAGAGACCACAAAACCCAAGAAAAACACGGUUGAAGCUCUAUAUCAGGGUAUUUCGAAUCGGUUCGUGGGAACCAACAAAAAACCUAAGGCUUCGGAAAAUAUUGAAGAGAACAUGCUGAAUCUUAGGGAUAUGGAGAGAGAAUUGAAGUCGUUUGACGAGAGGGAAGUGUUUAUCAAACCGCUCAUCAACAUUCUUAUGACGGUAUUCAAGCUUAAAAACGCCAAAAGCUGGCUUCGGGGACGGGCACUUCUUGUGAUCCUUCAGCAGGUGUUUGGAACCACCAUUGAGAAGAAGAUAUAUGAACAAAUAGCCCAAAUCCAACAGGAAGAGAGCAUACUCGAUGUACUUAUUCUUCUUAAAAACAUUGUUUUUCCCAACGGUAAGUUCAGGGACCCACCCGUCAUCAGGUCUGCUGUAGAACGGUACACUACCCAAGAAGAAUCGAGGUUCCUACUCAGUGUGUUUAUGUCUGAGACGUUUAGUACCAUUUUUGGAGUGGGUAACACUAAGUACGCAUUUUCGGUGGUGUUCAAUUGCCUUCAAAACGACUUUCUUGUUCGACACCUUGUGUUUGAGCUAUUUGACGAGAUUGUGGAUGAGUUAUUUCCUGAGCUAAACCAGUAAAAAAUUGUUAGGUAUGCUUGGUUGUAGGAGUUAAUCGCAUUUGGUUGCGGUUGAUUGCAGUUAUUUGCAAUUUAAUUACGGCUCGGCAAUAGUUGAUUACAGUUCGGCACUAGUUGAUUAUAGUUUGGCACUGGUUGAUUGCAGUUCGGCACUAAUUGAUUGCCGUCAAUAGGCAAGAAACUACAGCCCAUACCAAUGUACACUAGUAAAUAUACAGGUCAUAGAGAUAAGAAUAUGCCCAAUAGUGUGGAAAGAAUAAGAUAGAAGUCGUGUCCUGGCCUGUCUGUCGCACUC